GCCAUUGUAAACAAUCCGGUUGUUCCGUCCUAUUUUACGAAUCGAGCUUUAUGCUACAUGCAACUGAUGCAGUGGGACAAAGCUGCCACCGACUGUAAGAAAGCGCUCGAUUUGGAUCGCAGGAAUGCGCACUUUUUCCUUGGUCGGACUUGCGUACAGUUGGGACAGUUUGAUGAGGCUUUAAAAGUGCUCACGCGCGCCAAUGAUUUGGCACAAAGCCAAAAGCUCAAUUACGGGGACGAAAUAACCGCUCAAAUUCGAGUUGCAAAGAGAGAAAUAUUCAGGAGAGAGGAAGAGAAAAGAAUAGAGCAGGAAAUCAGUCUGCAAACAUAUUUGAAUAGUCUUAUCGACAAUGACCUGGCAAAGAAACUGGAUGAAUUGAGGCAAAAGAGGAAAAACGACGGAGAAGAAAUUGAGGUCAUAUCCGACGAUGUAGAAGACGAGGAGCAGGUCUUGAGAAUGGAAGCCGAAUCAAAUAAGAAUAAAUUAAAUAGCUUAUUUGCUCAGGUGGAUGAAAGAAGGAGGAAAAGAGAAGUGCCUGAUUUUUUGUGCGGUAAAAUUAGUUUCGAGCUAUUACGUGACCCCGUCAUCACGCCAAGUGGUAUAACUUAUGACCGUGCCGAUAUCAAGGAGCACUUGCAGCGAGUAGGGCACUUUGAUCCGGUAACCCGGGCACCGCUCACUGCUGAUCAGCUGAUACCCAAUCUUGCUAUGAAAGAAGUAAGUGAGAUUAAAUCUGAUUUGCUAACUUGUUUUCUGAAAUUGCUUAAUUAUCACUCUUUUCUUUAA